AUGAGAUGGCGACGCGCCCCGCACCGCUCCGGGGGUGCCGGCCCUUGGGCCCCGCGCCCAGGCCCCGCCGCCCGCCCGCCGCCGCCGCCGCCGCUUCUGCUGCUGCUGCUGCUGCUGUGGACCGCGGCCCUGGCGCCGGGGGCGGCCGCCGGCGACGAGGCGGCUCCCGCGGGGGCCUCGGUGUGCUACUCGUCCCCGCCCAGCGUGGGCUCGGUGCAGGAGCUGGCUCAGCGCGCCGCGGUGGUGAUCGAGGGAAAGGUGCACUCGCCGCGGCGGCAGCAGGGGGCACUCGACAGGCAGGCGGCGGCGGGCGAGGCAGGGGCGUGGGGCGCCGAGCGUCAGCUGCCAGCCGCCGGCCCCGGAGCGCUGGGGCCGUCCGCCCAGGACGCGCUGACCACCGCCAACGGGACCGUGCCCUCCUGGCCAACCGCCCCGGCGCCCAGCGUCGGAGACCCCGGGGACGAGGCGCCCUAUCUGGUGAAGGUGCACCAGGUCUGGGCAGUGAAAGCCGGGGGCUUGAAGAAGGACUCGCUGCUCACCGUGCGCCUGGGCGCCUGGGGCCACCCCGCCUUCCCCUCCUGCGGGAGGCUCAAGGAGGACAGCAGGUACAUCUUCUUCAUGGAGCCCGACGCCAACAGCAGCAGCCGGCCGCCGGCCGCCUUCCGAGCAUCCUUCCCCCCUCUGGAGACGGGCCGGAACCUCAAGAAGGAGGUCAGCAGGGUGCUGUGCAAGCGGUGCGACUUGCCUCUUCGAUUGAAAGAGAUGAAAAGCCAGGAGUCGGUGGCAGGCUCCAAGCUAGUGCUUCGGUGUGAGACCAGUUCUGAAUAUUCUUCUCUCAAAUUCAAAUGGUUCAAGAAUGGGAAUGAAUUAAACCGAAAGAACAAACCACAAAACAUCAAGAUACAAAAAAGGCCAGGGAAGUCAGAACUUCGCAUUAACAAAGCAUCACUGGCUGAUUCUGGGGAAUACAUGUGCCGAGUGACCAGCAAAUUUGGAAAUGACAGUGCCUCUGCCAAUAUCACCAUUGUGGAGUCAAAUGAGGUCAACACUGGCAUGCCAAACUCAACUGCAAGACCAUAUGUGUCUCCAGAGUCUCCCAUUAGAAUAUCAGUAACAACCGAAGGAGCAAAUACUUCUUCCUCUACAUCUACAUCUACCACCGGGACAAGCCAUCUUGUAAAAUGUGCAGAGAAGGAGAAAACUUUCUGUGUGAAUGGAGGCGAGUGCUUCAUGGUGAAAGACCUUUCAAACCCCUCAAGAUACUUGUGCAAGUGCCCAAAUGAGUUUACUGGUGAUCGUUGCCAAAACUACGUAAUGGCCAGCUUCUACAAGCAUCUUGGGAUUGAAUUUAUGGAAGCAGAGGAGCUCUACCAGAAGAGGGUGCUGACCAUCACUGGCAUCUGCAUCGCCCUGCUGGUGGUCGGCAUCAUGUGUGUGGUGGCCUACUGCAAAACCAAGAAACAGCGGAAAAAGCUGCACGACCGGCUUCGGCAGAGUCUUCGGUCCGAGCGAAACAACAUGGUCAACAUCGCCAACGGGCCUCACCACCCCAACCCGCCCCCCGAGAACGUCCAGCUGGUGAAUCAAUACGUAUCUAAAAAUGUCAUCUCUAGUGAGCAUAUUGUUGAAAGAGAAGUGGAGACAUCUUUUUCCACCAGUCACUAUACCUCGACAACUCAUCAUUCCACUACUGUCACCCAGACUCCGAGUCACAGCUGGAGCAACGGACACACUGAAAGCAUCAUUUCUGAAAGCCACUCUGUAAUCAUGAUGUCAUCAGUAGAAAACAGUAGGCACAGCAGCCCAACGGGGGGCCCAAGAGGACGUCUUAAUGGCAUGGGAGGCCCUCGUGAAUGUAACAGCUUCCUCAGGCAUGCCAGAGAAACCCCUGACUCCUACCGAGACUCUCCUCAUAGUGAAAGGUAUGUGUCAGCAAUGACCACCCCGGCUCGUAUGUCACCUGUAGAUUUCCACACGCCAAGCUCCCCCAAAUCGCCCCCUUCGGAAAUGUCUGCACCUGUGUCCAGCACGACGGUGUCCAUGCCCUCAAUGGCAGUCAGCCCCUUUGUGGAAGAAGAGAGACCUCUGCUUCUGGUGACACCACCACGGCUGCGGGAGAAGUAUGACCACCACCCUCAGCAAUUCAACUCCUUCCACCACAACCCCGCGCAUGAGAGCAGCAGCCUGCCCCCUAGCCCCUUGAGGAUAGUGGAGGAUGAGGAGUAUGAGACGACCCAGGAGUACGAGCCAGCUCAAGAGCCUGUUAAGAAACUCACCAAUAGCCGACGGGCCAAAAGAACCAAGCCCAAUGGCCACAUUGCCAACAGGUUGGAAAUGGACAGCAACACAAGCGCUGAGACCAGUAACUCAGAGAGCGAGACAGAAGAUGAAAGAGUAGGUGAAGCCACCCCUUUCCUGGGCAUACAGAACCCCCUGGCAGCCAGUCUUGAGGCAGCACCUGCCUUCCGCCUGGCUGAGAGCAGGACUAACCCAGCAGGCCGCUUCUCGACACAGGAGGAUCUGCAGGCCAGGCUGUCUAGUGUAAUUGCUAACCAAGACCCUAUCGCUGUAUAAAACCUAAAUAAACACAUAGAUACACCUGUAAAACUUUAUUUUAUAUAAUAAAGUAUUCCACCUUAAAUUAAACAAUUUAUUUUAUUUUAGCAGUUCUGCAAAUAGA